AACGCCUAUCCAGGCGUACUGCGCGGAUGCUGCUGAGGCUGGGGCGAUCUCACACCGCAGCAGACCACUUUAUAAAGGUACAGUAGGAAGAAGAAGAUGUCUUACAACAGAGCAGCCCCGCACUCAUCUUAUAAGAAGAUGUUCGGCGGCGUGGAGAGGGCGGCGGCCCGGAGCGGCUACUCCAGCCGCCAGUACUCCAGCCCGGUGCGCUCCUCCCGGAUCUCCUUCGGCCUCUCCUCCGCUCCCCCCGUCUACGCGGCCAAGAGCAGCGGCCACAGGCUCCGCAGCAGCGCCGGCAUGCCCCGGCUGUCCUCCGACCAGCUGGACUUCUCCCUGUCCGACGCCAUCAACAGCGAGUUCAUGACCAACCGCACCAGCGAGAAGGCGCAGAUGCAGUCGCUCAACGACCGCUUCGCCAGCUACAUCGAGAAGGUGCGCUUCCUGGAGCAGCAGAACAAGAUCCUGCUGGCGGAGCUGGAGCAGCUGAGGGGCAAAGGCUCGUCCCGCGUCGGGGAUCUGUACGAGGACGAGAUGCGGGAGCUGCGGCGCCAGGUGGACCAGCUCACCAACGAGAAGGCCCGCGUGGAAGUCCACCGGGACAACCUGGCGGACGACAUAGACAGGCUGAGAGAGAAGUUGCAGGAUGAGAUAUCCCAGCGGGAGGAUGCAGAGUCAAACAUGCAGAGCUUUAGACAGGAUGUGGACAAUGCUGCCCUCGCAAGACUGGACCUGGAGCGGAAGAUUGAGUCACUGCAGGAUGAAAUCAACUUCCUUAAGAAGCUGCAUGAUGAGGAAAUGAUGGAGAUGCAGAGCCAGAUCCAUCAACAGCAGCACGUGCAGGUUGAGAUGGACGUUGCAAAGCCCGACCUGACUGCAGCUCUGAGGGAUGUCCGUCUGCAAUAUGAGAACCUGGCCUCCAAAAACCUCCAGGAGUCAGAGGAUUGGUACAAAUCCAAGUUUGCUGACCUCACCGAAGCUGCAGCCCGGAAUAAUGACUCUUUGAGAGUGGCCAAGCAGGAGGCCAAUGACUACAGGCGCCAAGUUCAGGCACUUACUUGUGAGGUGGAUGCCCUCAAAGGAUCUAAUGAGGCCUUGGAGCGUCAGAUGAGGGAGGUAGAGGAGAAUUUCUCCAUGGAGACAAAUGGGUACCAGGACACCAUCGGCCGGUUGGAGGAGGACAUUCAUAACAUGAAGGAUGAGAUGGCCCGUCACCUCAGAGAGUACCAGGACCUCCUAAAUGUCAAGAUGGCCCUAGACAUUGAGAUCGCUACCUACAGGAAGCUGCUGGAAGGAGAGGAGAGCAGAAUCUCCACCCCUCUGCCAAACUUCUCCUCCAUGAACCUUAGAGCGUACGAUUUCCCCGCCUUAGAGACAAUGAUUGAUUUAAAACCCCAGUUUGAAACGUCAACAACCGUCAACAAGAAAGUUCUCAUCAAAACCAUUGAGACCAGAGAUGGGCAGGUGAUCAAUGAAACAACCCAGAACCACGAUGACAUGGAGUGAUAAUCUCCUCAUCUUUGCCAAACAGCCAAUACAAGCAAUAAGAAGAGACACAUUUCACCCUGGCAACAAGCAAGCAAACAAACAAACAAACCCACGAAAAGCAAACAGCCUUGAGAAGUGCCUUUAUAUGUGAUGAUCCAGCAAGCUGUUAGUUGACACAGACUGUUUUUUUUUUGCUUUCUCUUCAGUCACGUUUGUUUAGACUCAUUGUAGAACUCAAACACAGCAUAGAAAGCCUCACUGAGGUUUACAUAAAGCUUUCUUUGUCACCAAAGUAGUAUUUUUGAUCAAUAUAGCAUGCACAACUUCAAGAAACCUGUAUGCUAAAGAUGUCACAAUUGCCUGUAUGCAGCAAUAAACUACGAAGACUUUAAGUCAACACUGUGCCUAGGAGUAAUACUUUGUAUACUUUAUGGUAAGAACAUGGCAUUAGGCUCUAUAAUUAACAUUUUAACAAAUUCAUGAACUGAAAACUUUUUAUUUUGCUAGUGUUAAGCCUGUGAAAUAACUCAUUUGUUUUCAAUAACAGCACAUGCUUUACAUGGGUCACUAAUAGCAUGAUUUUGAAAACAUAUAAACUAAACAUAAAUUAUUCUUGUAAAUAAGUGGAUUCCUAUAAGAAAAAGGAAUUGGAAAAGAAAUCUGAUGGUGAAGUGAGCUGAGUUGAGUAGUCUGAUAAUCUUCAUGUAGGUAUUUAUUGGGAUACGUAUAUUCCAUGAAGGUAAAGUACUUUUCAAUCACUGUUUACUCUGCAAGGUCCUUUUCAAACUGGUGGGGACACAAGACAGUUUGGAAAUAUUCACGGACUUCCUCAGAGUCUUUGGUUGAUGCAUCUGCACUUCAUUGCUUUUAACAUUAAUGUAUUUAACUGCACAAAGGAAGAAAGUGGACUGCUGCUUCAAGCUGUGAAUUAGAUUACAAGAAUUACAUCACCUUCUCCGAGACAGUUGUGAAAAAUGCUGAUAAUUCAACAAUAAGUUGAAUUUUUGUGGACAGGUUUAUCUAACAAGCGGCCAUGUUAGUCUACAGUAUAACACAAGGCAUUGUCAUCACUGCUCUGCUGAAGGCAAACACACAUAAAGCUGUUUUAUAUUAACUCUUUGACGAAUGAUAUAUGAAAUAAUACACAGAAAAUUACAUGUUUUUUUUUUAUUUACAGUGUCUAUAAUACAUAAAGAAUAAAGAAAUUCCCAAGUCUGUC